AUGACCCAAGAGUUGGCUCUGCUCGACACCCACCACCAUCACCAGCACAGCUCCAGCAUCAACUCGGCCCACUCAAUUGCCAUUCCUGGCGGCAUUCCCCCUCACGACCUCCAGACAUGCAAAAAGUGUAACUUGCCCAUCCUUGAAGGCCACGCCUACGAGUUGGGCGACGACAGGUGGCACAUCCACUGCUUCAAGUGCUCCAAGUGCGCCAAGUCGUUGGGGUGCAACUCCAACUUCUUGGUGUUGGGAAACGGCAACCUCAUCUGCUCGGACUGCUCCUACAACUGCAAGCAGUGUGGCAAGAAAAUCGACGACUUGGCCAUUCUCACGGGCGACCAGGCGUACUGCUCCAACUGCUUCAAGUGCCGAUCGUGUAAGAACAAGAUCGAGGACUUGCGCUACGCCCGAACCUCCAAGGGGCUCUUCUGCAUGGACUGCCAUGAGAAGCUCAUGGCCAAGAAGAAGAAGUACGACGCUAAAAAGAAGCAGUUGGCCAUGGUCAAGAAACUCGAGGACGACAAGCGUGCUGCUCGUGAACGCGAACGUGAACGUGAACCGAAACACCUCGAGGACCUUUCCACUAUCAACUCAUCGGGCGACAGCAUCUUCUUGAACUACAUGUCUGCCAGUAACAGCACCACAAACGUUGCGGACACCGGCGCUGCAGACACCCUCUUCUCGCUCACAAACCCAUCGCUCACCAGUGUGGUCUCCAAGAACAAGGUCCUUCCCCCACCUCCCCAAUCAUCCACCAGAACGCUCGCCCCUGCACCCACCACGGCCUCCGCUCCCCCAAUCGCUCCAUACUCCCAGAUGGUGGCCCGAGAAUCGUUCCAGUCGAACAAAACCGAAUCCUCCAUUACUUCCGUCACCACUUCCCAGUUUUCAGCCGACUCAAACGCCAGAAACUCAACUGCCGGUGCAGGCAAGUUGCCCAGCAUAGACAACGACUUCUCGAUUGAAGAAGUAAACAGCUAUAGCGAUGGUGAUGAAGAAGAAAGCUUGCUCCAACGUAACGCGUCCUUGAGACCCCAGAAGUCUCAUUCCCAUCCUCUUCAGAGAAAGACACUUUCCCCUAGAUCAUCAACGCAGGGCCCUCAAUCGCUUCAGCUGUCAUUACCUGCAAACCAGUCCCCCAAACCCCCCUCGCUCUAUUCAACACCACCUAUCAGUGCUGAACCAAGACAGGAAAGCAUAUCCACAGACUCUCGUGAUACCCAAAAUCCAUCAACACCAGGUACGGCUGAAAAUACCAAGUUACAGCCUGCUCCAGAGAUCACACCAAAAACUACAUCUGAACAAAUACAGCACACACCAUCUUCGGAAUCCUCAAAGUUCAAGGGUAAUAAUCUCAUGAUCUUAUCCCCUAAUCAAUUCAACGACCACGAGUUCCACAAUUCGAAUGCCAUCAGAACCUCACCUACAAAAUCGCUCAAAUCAAACAACUCACCAGCACUUGCUAUUGGUAUCGAAACUCCAAAUGAGAAUGAAAUAUCAUCGUCCUCGCAAGACUUGAGAGGGAACUCGCUUUCAACUCAUUUGGACGAACCAAAGACUAGGUCUGCCUGCCCCUCUCCUUUUGCUAAGGCAAACAGGCAGGCCAGGGUGGUUGAGACAAAUGACUUCAUAUCCACAGAAAAUCUCGACGAAAUCCCAAGAGAAUCUAAUACGACAAAUUCUACUCCCAAAAAGACUCCAGGUAGUGUUUUGAGUGCAGGGAUGUCAUCACCACCACCAAGAUUACCCUUGCCUAGCACCCCUAAUAAGAAGAAUUUCAAGGUUGAAGAAGUAACGCCUAGAGGUUUGGGGUUGGAAGGAGUUGAGUAUGAACAGUCUGAGGAAUAUAGGAGAUAUUCUGGUAGCAUCCAUGAGAAGAAACCAAGGCGUGAAGAUGGAAACUACACCCCCAGAGAGCAGCACCAACAGAAUUACUACAAUCCUCAAUCCACCCCCACAGCUAGAGAGAGAGUUAUUGGGAAUACAACUCCUUCGGUUACCAAUCUUGAGGAAGAUGCAGCAUCAAUCUCCGAUCAGAACACCGUGAGUUCCCUUUCCAGAAUGAAUACACUUAUUAGAACCCCCAAGUUGAGCAGCUUGAAGCACAAGAGAUCUAUUUCCGGUGGGAGCAGUAAUAUCGCUAACAAGUUCAACUUUUUCAAGUCGAACAAGGAUGACUCCAGUGUUAAGGGCCAUUCUAGACAUGUAUCAGAGGGCUCCAUAAGCAACGGAGGUUCUGCAUUUACUACCCCUCCAUUACCGGUAUCUUCCCCAGCUAUGCAAAAUCUCAAUGGAUUAGUGAAUUACAACAGGGAACACCAAAGAUCAACAUCAGACACUCCAUUCUUAACAAACCUUGAUCCAAACAAUAAAAGAACACUGUUUGAUAUGAAGUCAUUGAACAAUGAAUUGAAUCACUUGAUGUCUCAAAGGCAAACACUUUCUAAUGAUGUCAAAAAGCUUUCGUCUGAAAAACUCAAGUUAAAUGAUCAAUUAAAGGCUAUGCACAGCAAGUUGACAAGUGAAUCUGCCAAGUACGAAAGUUUGGUAAGAGAUAUGGCAGAGUUGGAGAAGAAUAAGAAGAAGUUACUUGAGAUCAACCAAGCCUUAUCUGAAGAAAACCACCAAUUGCAAUUGAAUCGUAAUUCAGGAACAAAUACUUAUGCGGAAGGUAGUACACUCUACAGCGACUCUAACAGCACGCUAAACUUUGGUGGCAACUCUAAGAGUACUUCUAAUGGCCUUUCGCUGACAUCUUCGUCUUCGUUGGUUGGAACUCCAUACAAUGAUACGUCAGUCCUGGAAGAACCUUCCACUGAUCCACAAAAGGCCACUAGAUUGAAGUUUUGGAGAAGACCAAAAAUGGGCUUCAACACAGCAAAUUUGGUCCUGACAAACUCUCAGCCCCUCAACAAAAUUAGUCAAAGUUAUGCCUCCAAUGCGAUACAAUUACCCCAACAGAGUCCCAAGAAUGUCGGUGGUCUGACGUUCAACAAUGGCAAUGCCAACAACAGUGAGAAGAAAGGUAAAUUCAUUAAGUCUAAGUCAUCCAACAUCUUAGAUACGUUCCUCACAAACACUGUUUCGAUGGUGUCUACUAAUGAUUCGUCCAACGGUGACAAUUGUCCCGUUCCACUUCUCACUUCCACCAUCCAAAACCGUGCAGACUACGAGCAUCAAAAGGUUCCAUUGAUUGUAACCAAGUGUCUUGCAGAAGUCGAGAAACGAGGAUUGGAUAUGGAGGGAAUCUACAGAAUUUCUGGAGGUAAUUCGGCAAUUGUUGCCAUCGAGAAUGCCUUCUCCAAUUUGGGUCAAAACUACGAAGACAAGCAGAUGAGCAAGCUUGAAGACACAAUAAGUGGAGAUAUCAAUGCGGUUACAUCUGCAUUGAAGAGAUACUUGAGAAAACUUCCCGAUCCAUUGAUCCCUUACGCAGUUUAUGAUGAGUUCAUCAAAGUAAGUUCGGCCAACCCACCCAAUAAAGUGGACAAACGGAUACAUGAAAUGAAGACAAAGGUGAUCAACAAGCUUCCAAGUGCUAAUAAGCAUACCUUGUACCUUUUGUGCAAGCACUUGUCGUUGGUCAGCUCGUACUCUUCGGUAAACAGAAUGGGAUUCAAGAACUUGUCGGUGGUGUUUGCCCCCACGAUUGCCAGAGAUGAGACUGGACAGAGAGAAAUGAGUGAUAUGGGAUACAGAAACGACGUUACCGAGUUGAUCUUGACCCACUCUGAAGCGAUAUUUAGUGAUUAUUCCGGAUAG